AUGAAUGACUAUUACAGCCGUCUCUCAGCCAUAGAAAACAUUAUAAAAAAUUGGGAUCCUCUUAAAAAAGAUACAUUGUUCACGCCAAAAAGCAAAAUUUUAAAGACUGAUAGACCAAUAGAUACAAAAGACAAAAAUUCUGAUACUUAUACGAAUGGGUUUCAUAUUUGGUACGUAAAUGCUUCGGAUCCAUGGAAUCGAGUGAUGUAUGACGUAAUAGUAAAUCAAAUGAGCUUAGUUAAGAAAGCUCUUCAAGCUUUUCAAAUUGUCUCAUUAUCUGUACUAUCCAACCCCAUGAUUACGGAAACCAAUUCUUCGCACACUAGUGUGAUUAGUAAGAAAGAUAAUUCGGUAAAGAAUACAAAGCGCAAGGAGCGUAUCUUCAACAAAAAUAAAGAACCAUUGACGGUAUCGUUAAACGCAUCUACGGUAGACAGCAUGGAUACUAAUGCAUCUAAUAUUAAUACAAUCUUCGAGAAAGUAUUAAAACCACGAUGGAUUUUGCAACCUAACGAAAUUCAGAAAUUCAAGAUUCGAUAUCAACCCGAAGAAAUAGGAACUCACCGACAAACAUACGCGUUAUCCAUCAUCGAUGGCAAUGAUAUCACUUAUGAUAUCAAUGUUUAUGGCGUCGCAGACAUUCCGAGACUGGAUAUGAACCCUAACACUAUUUUUUCAAAGAUCAAAGAAACAAAGAUGAACGAUAUAAUCGACCCUACAUACUUCUCCGACGUCAGUAUCUAUGAUUUUGGAUCAUUACUGGUGUUUCAAAAGGAUGAAAGAGCUCAUCGUCGUGAAGCAAAAUUCAAGUUCUGCAAUGUAUCCAAAGUUAAUGCAGAAGUAUCCUUCUCUCUCCAGGAAAAUAAUCCAGAUAUUUUUAUUAUAGAACCGGAAAGACUUUAUUUAUAGGCUGGACAGUGUGAAUUGCUAAAAAUAUCGGCAGGUGUUACAAAACUCGGUUCAUUUACCGAUAAGUUAUAUAUAUGUAUCACAAAUAAUCCGCACAUUGAGACAAUCGAGCUUCAAUGUAAUGGCUCGAAGUUGAACAUAGAAUUUGAGGGCAAACAGCUAUCUUUUGGCCAAGUGCUCUUGUACAGAAAAAGCUUUCUUUCUUGUUUUAUCCGAAAUAAAUCUCCGAUUGAAAUAUUCUGGCAUUUGGAUCUUAAUGAACCAUUAGAUCCUCAAAUCUCAAUUACACCGACUAAGGGAAUUGUCAAGGCCCAGAGUGAUCAAAAAAUUGAUUUCUGUUAUCACGCCAACAAAAUUGGAAUGAUAGAGGGAAGCUUGACUUUCAAAGCUUUCUUUCACGAAGAUGAUACGGAACCUAUUUUUGUGGAAACCGUUACCUUAUCUGGCGAAACGUACGACGUUGCUGUUGACAUUAAUUAUGCAAAUCCAAUUGACUUAAAGAUCGUAAAGGUUGGCUUUCCCACGAGCGCAAAUUUUACAAUAAGCAAUCGGGGAAAUCAUGAAGUUAAAUAUACCGUACUUCUGGAAGAGCAAAACAAAUUAGCCAAAAUAGCGCCGAAUUUGCCAGUAAAAUUUAACGAGGACAUAGAAAUUAGUCCUGCUUCCGGUUCCAUUCAACCAAAACAAGAGACUGUUGUACAAGUAUCGCCUAUCAAACAUCCAUCCGUUGGCUAUAUGACAGAAAUUAAGACAGAAAACACGAUCAAAAAGAAUCAUGAUAAAUCGACAGAUACGUCAUCGAGAAAAGAUAAAUCGCGAAUCGAAAAAUCAGAUGACAGGAAAGUGAAAGACCUUGCGGCUAUGUUAAAAAUUGGCCCCUUUACUGUGAAAAAAACCGAAGGAAACCUUCAGCCCGGGGAGAUCGAUACCAUAACAAUCGAGUGUUAUCCUGAAUUCGUGGGUUCUCAAGAGGAAGAUAUAAUUAUUCUCGUGCCCGAUAGCGUUCCCGAAGGCAGAAAUGGCAAAAUAAUAAAGCUAUCCGUUAAUUCCUGCAUACCCAGCAUCGAUCUUCAAGAUCUCGACGCUAUAUUUCACGAAAAUCACAUUGUGGAUUGCAUUAAAGACUUUACUUGUCCGAAAGAAAUCGGUGCACAUACCGUAUUCGCUCGUCAAGAAAAAUGCCUGUACUUUCGUUAUGUCAGUGUGUUCCACACCCAUACGGCGUACCUCGUGCUUCACAAUCGGAACGUAAUACCCGUCGACGUGGAACUGACCAUACUCACUGAUUCAUUUACACCGAAAACUAUGAGACCUGACACUUUCAUUUUAACACCCGAAAGAGAACGCAUUCCGCCAAUGAGUCACAAGAGAUUCGCGAUUUCGUUCAAUCCGUCGUUUAUAGAGAAAGUAUCAACGCGAAAAGGAGCAUCAGCUUUGCAUCGAGGGAACACGAGAGACAUCCCGAGCAACCUGAGAGGAGGUGGAGGCCUGGGACUCCUGAGAAAGGCAUCAGGCGCCGGCGGAACAACAUGCG